UAUUUCCCACAGAAAACAAUACGCAGGAAAGAAAAUAAUUCAUUCUUUCAAAAUUUAUUUAUUAAUACAUAACUUUAAUUGAAGUUACAUACACUUUCAUACUUAAUUUUAAUUGAAGUUACAAAGAAACGAAAGGAAGAAUAAGGCUUUGGUUAAAAUGGUUGUUCCCGUUCCGAAUCCAACUAAGGACUUGAUUCUCAAGCUUAUGGCUGAAAAGGAAGCAAUGGAAUCGAAAAUAUCCGAUUAUGGAAAUAUUUUGGCAAAUAAUGCUAAUGUGGGAAUGGAUGGACCCUUGGUUGAUGCAGAAGGAUUUCCACGGAACGAUAUUGAUGUUUAUCAAGUGCGACAGGCACGUCAACAGAUAAUUUGUCUUCAAAAUGAUUAUAAGGCACUGAUGAAAGAAAUAGAAAAGCAAAUGCAUAAAUUACAUUCCGAGGCUGCGGAAAAUCCGGCACAGCUGUUGUCAACCAAUACAGCCACCUUACGGUUAGAAGAUGAUAGUGAUGUGCCAAAUACGAGCAUGUCAUCAGUAUCGGUGGAGCCACCAGUGAAAGUUAUAGUAAAAGUAAAUAUGAUAAGUCCUGGAUCGCCGGCUGAAGAGGCUGGUUUGCGAGUAGAUGACGAGAUAUUGGAAUUUGGCACCAUUAAUUCCAGAAACUUCCAAAACAAUCUAACCCAAAUUGGCGACCUGGUGCGCCACAUGCAAAAUAAAAGGGUUCCUUUGAAAGUACUACGUAUGGGACAACAAUUAGAUAUGAUACUUAUACCUAAAACGUGGAGUGGUCGAGGUCUAUUGGGUUGUAAUAUUAUAUUAGCCGAUCCUUAAUGGUUUAUAUUAUAUUUUUUUAUCUAAUUAUUAUAUAUCUAUAUUUUUUUUAAUACAUAUACAGAACUUAAAAUUUACAUUGAUCUAAUACCCGAAUAUAUAUAAUUUACUGUGAUAACAACUUCGACGGUUUAUGCCAAAGUCUAAAAUUCACAUUAAAAAAAGAAAGUUGAAAUGGAACAAAAUCUUUUUGUAGCGUACACUUUUGUCAAAAUUCACAUUAAUUUUUCAAUAUGCAUUCAAUUAUUUGUUUUUAAUAUAACAAAGCAAGUAGGUUUUAAUAACCGCGGCUAAGUUUAAAAAAACAUUGCUGAUAUGAACGCGGUUUGAAACUACAAAUUCGUUUUUUAUAUACAUAACAUAUGUGAAGAUUUUUGUUAAAAAUUCUUGAAGAAGUGUCAACCUAGGUGCAGGGGGUUAAAAGUUAUGUUAUGUUAUGUUAUGUUAUUAAAUGAUUCAAAUGUUCUCGCUGCAUAUAGUCUUGCCGUUAUUUUAUCUUCUUUUUAAUAACGAUGAACGUAUAUUAUAUACCCUUGUCGAAACUUCUUCGAUUAUAUGCAAUUACAUUUUUGUAAAAUGUGAAUAUUUGCUGUUUUUCUUUAUUUACUCAAUAAAUGCACUUGGUACAAGAA